CUUAAAAGUCCAAAAAUAAAAUUCAUGAGUAUAGCCUUUGGCCCCAGUGCCCUGAGUCUUGAUCAUCUUCUUUUGAUUUAAUAUGAAGAGAUUUGUAUAAUUUAUAGAUCUUGAUAAAGGACUCUGGGGCACCUGUCAAGUACACAAGGUGGUAACAGAGUCAAAAUAAUCAAAAUUUUUUUUUUGCUACAAAAAAGAAAACACUCUUAAAGUAAUAUAUGACUUUGACUUGAAAAUGACAACUUUUAGUACAGGUCAUUAUGAAAAAGCGUCUUUUGAUGAAGAAGAUGAAAACACAAAUGAAGAUGACGACGAUAAUGAAGCGACGCAACCUUCCAUUAUAUCGAAGUCCCCAAAGUCAAAGACAACUCGUGAGCCCUGUAUUCGACUUUCACAGUCCAGUUUUUCGUAUCCUUCAUCUUCCUCCACAUCUCACCAUUAUGAUGACGCUUAUAACGAAUCGUCUUUUGCUCCAACACCUUUACAACCACAAAAUGUUAACUCUAAUUCCAAUAACAUCUCUAGUACAUCGAUUUCAACGUAUCAUAAUAUUUAUUUAGGCGCACCAGAAUUACUAGUACAAUUGUUUGACGCGCUUCAGAAAAAAAUUAUAAAAAAUAAAAAAUUCAUUAAUUCCCCUUCAUACAUAGACGAACAUGUUUCUAAAUGCUUUUCUACUCAAACCAGUUCACAAACAUCUGAUGCAUUUAUUGAAUCUUCUGGUACUUUUAAUUUCAAUGAUUCCGUUGAAUCUACUGCAAACCGUUUGAUUCAAGCUAUCGCCGAUGCUCAAGAUAUGCAAGAAAAAAAUUUAUCCAUUUAUUCUGUUUCAAAAUUCGAUAGACAUAUGACCGUUUUUGCUGCCUGUGACCCUGACGCGGUCUGCGCAGUAGCUCUUCUCAAGGAAGGAAUAUCUGAGCGAUUCGGUUUAAACGUAAAUCUCAUUCCAAUUUCUUGUUAUACCCAUUUACAAAAAGCAUUGACUCUUGAGUUGUUAUCUACGACGAAAAAACGUUCUUUACAGGAAUGCGAUAUUUUAUUUUUUAUAAACGUGGGUUCUCGUAAAGACGUGAGAAAUUUUUUCAAAAAACAUAAUAGUCAUUCGACUUGGCAACCAUCUCUAUUUAUAAUUGAUCACCAUCGACCUGUGUCUCCAGAGUAUUUUGUUCCAUCCAAAAGUAACCUUCCUUAUUAUUCUAUUGUUUGUACUACGGACGAAAUUGAGAAAAUUCAAGAAGAAACUCGACGUUUUAACUUGUGGAAAAAUUGUUGUCAUAUCACAGAGAGAGAUCCUGAUUGGGAAGAUGAAUUCAUUCAGGAUCACUCAACAUACCGAUUUCUAGAUGGUAUAGGAGAGUAUCAUUCCAGUUCUUCUUCUUUAGUAAUCCUUGAGGCUUUAAGGCAUCAUAGUUUAGAAACACCGGGAAUGUUUUUUACAGUAGCAACCGCCUUAGCGUAUCAAUUAAGCUUAGGAAUUUUAUCAAGAACGGAUUACGUCAAGCAUCUCGGACUUUUACAAGAACAUUUUCAACAUUUGAAAAAUCAAAUUUCCACUCGUCACUAUGAUUUUCAAAUGAUCAAAGCAGUCAGCAAAGAGUUGCUUAUACCUCUUCUUCGUUUCACAUCUAUUGAAGACGGUGUAAGAAAUUCAGCACUUUUUCUUCGAGCACAAGCGUCUCGCUUCGCUACACCCGAUGUUAUAGAACAAGAACUUUCUUCAUUGCGUGUAGUAUUAGCUUUAAAAGAGGAAUCAUGGAAAGAUCAAUUUCGAUUUCUUACUAGUUCCGAACAGAAACAACUCAUUACCAAUCAACUACCAGAAGUGUUACAACGAGAAACAAUGCAAUCGCGACAAAGUUUACCAAAACGCUACCCCGACGAUCAAGAGACACAAUAUCUUACAUCAACCCUUGCUUUUGUUAGGUAUUUAUCAAUUGUGGGUUUACCAGAUCGUGUUUCCUCUUUGGAUGUUGCUUUUCUAUUAUUAUCAAUUCUUUCUCAGCCUUUAUUAUGUAAAAAUCAAAGAAGUUCAGAAGAACCCGGUAGUGCCUCAACUCUGUAUAAUUCAACUCACCCUAUAUCGUCGCUUACAAUUAAUGAAACGAGUUCGUCAUUCUCUGAUUGUUCUUUUGCACUUUCCGUGAAGCCUUUUGUGGAAGCGUUACAAUUUAUUGAAAGCGUAGCUAAUAUUUCUAAAAACGGAAAUGUUCAUUUAGCCGUCUUUCCUGAUCAAUCAAAUAGUUUCAAAAAUUUAUCCAUAUCAGCUAAUGAUACUCUGUUGUCUACUAACGAAACCGAUUCCUCUCUUCAUUUUUUUGGAAAUAUAUGGGAUGCUUAUGUCGCGUAUAACAACCAUUCUACGCAAUCCUAUGUAACUUCCCUUUCCAAUUCUGAUUGGCAUCGAAUUCUAGCACGACUGUCGCGUGUUGCUUUACAAUUGCAAAGAGACGCUACUCGCUUUGUAUUACACAUAUUAAGGAAACGUCGUUCUAAAACAAAUCAAAUGUCAGAUUAUCGACGUGCUGCUGAAAAUGUUGAAGGGUUUUUUGAAGAUGCUCUACCUCAACAACUAUAUCAUCCUCUUCUCUUACGUUAUUGCGCUUUUAUAACAUCGGAUUGUAUUGCACGAGGCGUUUUGUCAGCGUUGCCUGAUGUGAUGUUUUUCGUAACUGCACCUCCCGACCACAUUUCAAGUGGUAGUACCGUCUUAAGUUGUUCUCCGAAUGCUUCAAUGCGAACCCCAAGCAAGUUAGGCUUACAUUUAUAUCAUAAACUAAACAGUCUCAAACAUUCUGGAAUGAUACACAUGGCAAGACAAAACGAUUUUGAUGCAAGCGUUGCAUUUUUGCCUAAUAAUAAACUUCAUACUCUCUUUACAGCUUUAUUCACCAGCUCUUUAGAUGAUCUCUCUUAUCGCUCCUUACCGGUAAAAAAAACAUCCUCGUUUCAUUCUUUCACUCGCAAAAAACCUAACGCUUAUUCACCUUCAAGUUCUUCUGACACAUCCACAAGGUCAAAAGAACAAGAUGACGACGCUACGAAAAGCAUGACCUCACGAUCAACGGAUUUGAAACGACGCCGUUUAAUACUAAGAGAUCCUGAUAACGCAACGUCAAAAAAAUCGUAAAUCGUUCGCGUAGUGAAGUAUCGAUGUUUUUUUUCAAAAAAUUCUCCUUUAUAAAGGUUUUACAUUAAAAAAAUAAAAAUGGUGUCAACCAUUUUAGUAAACUGAAAAAAAAGUGACUGGACGCUUAUGAAAAUAAUCACGACCACUUCUUGACAACUGCUUUAAAGAUUAGUAAAGCAAAAAAGUAAAAUGUAAUAAUUUACAAUGACACAUUAUUAUUAUGUCAUUUAGAAAAUUUUAUUCUUUAUUAAUCUACAUAUUAAUUUCGGUGAAUUUUUUUCUAAGUGUCAUCGCAUUAACAAAAUUGUUCA